AUGCCCCCCCACACCCAACUAACCCCCCCAACCAAAGUAAUCGGCUCCCCCUCCUCAUCAACCUCCUACACCCCGCGUUCCGCCGUCCGCAUCAUCGCCUUCAACCCGCAGGGGCACAUCGCCAUCCUCCAUGCCGCGCGCGACAACUACUACAAACUCCCUGGUGGAGGGGUCGAACCGGGCGAGGAUCAUGAGACGGCGGCGAGAAGGGAGUUUUUGGAGGAGACGGGUGGUGUGAUUAGGUUGCGGAGGGAUCUUAAAUACAAUGAUGAAUUCCGCCUACAACAGUGCCAAACCUCCUACUGCUACGUCGCCGACCUAGUCUCCGACACCGGGCGGACAGCGCUGGAAGAGGAGGAAGUCGAAGACGGGCUGAAACACAUGUGGGUGAGUCUGGACGAGGCGAGGCGGUUGGUCGAGGGGGCGGUGCCGGGGAGUGAGUUUGGGCGGUCGGUGAGGGAGAGGGAGAUGCAUUUUUUGCGGGAGAUCGGGAGAGUUUUGGGGAGUUGA